UGGGCCGAAGCCGAUCUCUAUUGCGCCGAGUUCUCCAUUGGCAUCAGAUCAGCCAAGCUGGCCUCCAUCCACAGCUGGGAAGAAAACGUCUUCGUGUACGACCUGGUGAACAGCCGCGUGCCCGGCAUCCCCACCGACAUCUGGACGGGGCUCAACGACCUGCGGCAGGAGGGUCACUUCGAGUGGACGGACGGCUCCUCCUACGACUACCACUACUGGGACGGCAGUCAGCCCGACGACGGGAUCCAC